AUGCUGCGCCGUUUCGUGGAGGGCAAGCUACAGAGCUGGCGUCAGGCCGAGGCCUCUGUGAAACAUCGACUGGACAUCCUGGGAGGAAAGCAAGAGGCGAGCUUCAGCUGGCUCGAGGGUGGAGAUGUGCAAGACAUGGCUGCUGUGGUGCUCACAGAGGCCAAGCGUCUCGUCGGCUUCGCUGCGUCAGUGUUGGCGCAGGCGGCUGUGCUUGGUGCAUCGCUCGAACACACCGAGGCACAGCAUGAAGGCACCUCUGCUGUCGUUGCGCUCUCUUUCGGCGAUCUGGGUGACUGGGGCGGCGAGUCAGACGAAGGCUUCGAACUGGAUUCCGUGCCGGAGAACCCCAAGAUGGACUCCGGCCAUGAAGCCGUGAAACUUUGCGUGGCCUCGGAGCUGGCAAGGCUUUGCCGAGUGCCUGGCAUCGGCGGCUGUUUGGCGAAGGCCUUGCUUGGAAGCUUCGGCAGCUGCGAGGCAGUGCUCGCAGCAGCAAAGCACGACAGCGCGAAGAUACUGGCCCAGCCAGGGAUUGGCGAGAAGCGGCUCCAACAGCUCCAGGAAGCUGCAAAGGCUCAGCUGUCCGGGUGUGCUCACGGCGGCCCAAGUUCUGCGUAA